CGUGAAAUAUUGAAAUCGAAGACGUCUGUUUCUGCUGUCAGCGAUGUAAAUGUACUUAUUUACGUUGGAUCAACCAUGCAAUUAUACGAGAAACAGGUAUUCCUAAGUCGAUUGUCUAAUCUCUAUUCGAGUAUUAGGAGGAACGCUUCUUUACAAAUUGGACUAGUGCUGUUCGCUGGUCCGUACACAAGACUAAGAGUUGAUGACGACCGUAUCGACAUUUCAAUCCAAAAGACUUUUAAGAGACAUAUACAAUGGCGUCUGAUCCUUAGGAUUUCAAGACCAGCGUUUAAUCAGCUCCAGGCCAUCUACGUGAAUUUUCGCGUAGAAACUGUAAAACAAGCGAAUAGCUACAUAUGCGCGCUAUGUCGACCUGACCAACACUCCCUAACACAUGGAAUUGAAAGUUGUACAGGUAAAAAGGAAGAAGAUUUUCUUCGAGCGUCAAUGGAAGGCAACAGGAUAGGAUUAUAG